AAAGUGUGUUUUAUCAGAUCGUUGGGACAUUUAGUGCUGCUGAUGCUGAGCUUUGAUGUUUCAGGUGAUAAAAACUGAGCUCAGUGGACAUGAAGUUCUUGUAGAGCCCACGGCUUUGACCUCUGAACCCGAGCGAUGAGCACCAUUGAGAUACCAGCCGGCCUGAGAGAGCUGCUGCAGGGAUACACGGUGGAGGUGCUCCGUCGGAGGCCUCCAAACCUGGUGGAGUUUGCUGUGCAGCAUUUUACACAGAUUCUGGAGAGCCAGAGGAACCAGCAGCGAGCCAAGAAACGCAGCAACAGACCUGCACGGAAAGGAGUCACUUUUGAAACCAAGUCGGACAAACCCAACAAAGACGAUGAGGAGGAGGAGGAGGAGGAAGAGGACGCUGUUAAGUCCACCACCGGCAAAUACAACCGCAGAGUUUCAGUUUGUGCAGAGGCGUACAACCCCGACGAUGAUGAGGAUGAUGAUACAGAACCUCGGGUCGUGAAUCCCAAAACAGACGAACAGCGGCGCCGGCUUCAGGAUGCAUGCAAAGAUAUUUUACUGUUUAAAACACUGGACCAGGAGCAGUUCUCUGAGGUUUUGGACGCCAUGUUCGAGGUGUUGGUCAAACCUCAGGAGCACAUAAUCGAUCAAGGAGACGAUGGAGACAAUUUCUACGUGAUAGAGAAGGGUGUUUAUGAUAUUCUGGUGCAGAAGAACGGAGCGAGUAUUUGCGUCGGAAAGUACGACAACAAAGGCAGUUUUGGAGAGCUGGCUCUCAUGUACAACACGCCGAGAGCUGCCACGAUCAUUGCGACACAGGAGGGCGCCCUGUGGGGCCUGGAUCGAGCCACAUUCCACAGACUGAUUGUGAAAAACAACGCAAAGAAGAGGAAGAUGUAUGAGGCCUUCAUCGAGUGUGUUCCUCUUCUCAAGUCCCUCGAGCUCUCAGAGAGAAUGAAGAUUGUAGAUAUUUUGGGAGCCCGAGCAUACAAAGAUGGAGACCGAAUUAUAACACAGGGUGAGAAAGCCGACUGUUUCUACGUUGUGGAAUCAGGAGAGGUGAAGAUUAUGAUCAAAAGCAAAACGAAGGCGGGUCAGCAGGACAACACAGAGGUGGAGGUGGCUCGAUGCUCCAGAGGACAGUACUUUGGAGAGCUGGCACUGGUCACCAACAAGCCUCGUGCAGCGUCGGUUUAUGCCGUGGGAGACACCAAAUGUUUAGUAAUUGACAUCCAGGCUUUUGAGCGUCUGCUGGGACCCUGCAUGGACAUCAUGAAGAGGAACAUCUCCCAGUAUGAAGACCAGCUGGUGGCGCUGUUUGGCUCCAGUGAUGAUUUGAAACACUAGGUCACAAAACUAGAAACCAGUAUUUUGAAAUCUCACGCAGUAGCAGUGCGUGUAGCAAUCACCUUCCCCCUGUUUGUUUUAUAUCACAUUAAAUGAAGUCUUCCUUGUACAAGUCUGCACCGAGGUCAACAUGUUUCAGGUGAGUGUCAUAUAGGUCACAUUUCCCCAAAUCUCCAGCAAACAGCGAUGGCUGUGCUGAACUAAAUCUCAGUGGUGAAAAAGGUCAGUUUAAUAACAUGAAGCUUCAGUUAAUCAACCGACAGUCAGGAUGAUGCAGCAUAAACAAACAACAUACAGUACUUUAGCCCUCUGAACCCCAAAAACCGCCAGCAGGUUUGAAAGGCAGAUUAUAUUUUUUUUUAAAAACACCAAAAUUACACUAUUUAACUGUGCCAGAAAUUGUUAAAACUGAAAGAAUUGUCACAUUUACAAUUUUCUGAAGGUGCUUGAGGUAAUCCUCACCCAAGAUUUGUAAUAUUGCAUCAAAAUUACUUAUCAGCCUUAUUUAAAAAAUUGCCAAAAUAUGUAAUUUGCACCAUGUCUUGCACAAAAAAAACUAAAAAUUCUGCACUCCUCAGUGAAACAGAGAACCCACAACUCCCUCAGCUGUGACCGACUGUCAUGCAGCAAAAAUUCAGAGUUUUGGGCGGAAGUGCAGACUCUGUUUACACAGAGAGGAGGCAAGGAAGGAGACAAAUCAGAGAGGUGAAAAAUAAGACAUACUUAACUAAUAAAUGCAUCAUGGCUCAAAAAGAGCAUACAGAGGAGAAAGCUGUUGCUGAAAUAUCUUUCUGGAAUUGUGUUAAGUGUCAGAGAACUGUAAAAAAAACAACAAAAAAACGCCUAGCUGGUUAAAAUGAAUUUAAAUUUGUAGUAUGUAGAGUCGCCAUUAUUGGAAAACUAACGUACGUUUUGAUUCCAAGUUAAAAUCGAACUACAGGCCGUGUUUCGCAGGUAAGAGGAAAUUAUGAGAACAAAUUGAAAAUGUAAGUAGUAAAAUAUCGAGAGAGGUAGUCACAUUUUUUUCCAGUGUUGGGAACUCCUAUGGGCACUUGAUGUUAUACACAAUUUAUUUACAUUUUUGUAAAACAGGUAAGAAAUUCAACUUACAUUAUUUCUAUGUUUGAGUUCUCUACUUCUAGCCGUAGUUGUGCUUGUUUCCAUAGAGGUACAGAGCUUUAUAAUGCGGUGAACAUCGAGCACAUAGUAAUAAAAAAAAAUGCGAUGAAGGCUUUAAAAAAUGCCACAAAACUGUUUGGGGUUCAGAGGGUUAACGCUGCAAUUAUUAUUAUUUUUUUUUUAACUUAUUGGAACCAAUAUCAUGUCUUCCCUCAGUAGGCAUUUAUGAGUCACAGUAAGGAAACAAUUCACAAGUGUAAAUAAUAGUAAUAAAUAAUUAAUAAGGGUAAAUUCCUGAUUUACCUGGGCCUCCUGAAUAAAACCAAUGUCUCUGCAUUUGGUACGAUAAGUUAAAAUAUUAAAAACAGUAAAAUGGUGCUCAAUAGCUGGAACAUUUUCCAAUCGUCUUAAACUAAACCUGUCGAUCUUACAGUUGAGCUUUUACAAGAACACAAUACCAACCAUAUAAUUAAAUACAACUAUGGCACACUUACACUGAAACUUAGUUUCCAACUUAUGUCACACUAAAUUAUGGAAAAAUGUUAUUGCAGUUGUACACAUACACAGAAUCCAUGUAGAUAAUGUACUAGUAAAUCCCACUGUGAAUUAUUUAACAUAGGCUGCUGUAGCAUUUUCCAUUUGCACUCAGCUAAGGGGGUCAGGAUCUGCUAACAAACCCUUAUUUUGUUUAAAUCUUUGUUGUAUGACAUGAAGUGUAAGUGAAACCUUGUUUUUAAUAAAUAGGUCACGUCUUCUUAAGUAUUAACGAGUGAAAUCAAGUUGGGCUGAUUGAAACGUCUUGCCAAAAAACAUUAAAAAUAAAGAAAUUACCUUAAAUACUCAUA